AUUCAAAUAGUAGACAUUUUAUUACUAACAAAGAGGCUGAAAAAUGGGAUAAAGAGCAUCAUGAUCCCAAAGAAGCUAAACUUCUGACAUUAGCAGAAAUAGAGGAAGAAAUCGAAAAAAAUAGACCCAAUUCUGAAAGACAUGCAUAA